CCCCAGCCGCAGCGCGCACGCGCACGCGCCCAGGCUUGCCAGCGGCCGGCCGGAGCUCGUGCCCGGGACCCCCGCCUGGUGAGCGCGGCAGCGGCGGAGGCGGCGGCGGCGGCGGCGGCGGCAGCAGCAGCGGCAGCGGCGGCCCCAGCGGGGCGGGGCGUCGGAGGAGCACCAAGUCCGCAGCGAGCCAAGAUGGUCGCCAAGCAGCGGAUCCGUAUGGCCAACGAGAAGCAUAGCAAGAACAUCACCCAGCGCGGCAACGUCGCCAAGACGUCGAGGAACGCCCCCGAGGAGAAGGCGUCCGUAGGGCCCUGGCUGCUGGCGCUCUUCAUCUUCGUGGUUUGUGGCUCGGCAAUUUUCCAGAUUAUUCAGAGUAUCAGGAUGGGCAUGUGAAGUGACUGACCUUAAGAUGUUUUCAUUCUCCUGUGAAUUAUAACUUGAACUCAUUCCUGAUGUUUUGAUACCCUGGUUUAAAAACAGUUCAGUAAAGCAUCCUGCCUCAGAAUGACUCUUCAUGUCAUCCUUCAUGUGUCAUUCCAAGGUUUCUUCACAAGUCAUUCCAAGUUUUCUAGUUCAUACCACAGUGCCUUGAAAAGCACCACAUGUAUAAAGCAAUAAAAUUUGAUUGUUGAUCUACAA